UCUGCAACCCCGUCCCCCUUCCAUCAAUCGCAUCUCUUGCCUUAUCCGCAAGCUAGCUCUUACAUAUCUCAUCUCCUUCACAUGCCCAAUCGACCCACUUGUCUUCUCUGAAAUUCUCUUCCAUGGCUGCCUCUACUCUCUCCCCUUCGACCACUUCCCAGCUAUGCUCUAGUAAGAAUGGGAUGUUUUCUUCAUCCCAAGCGUCGAUGCUGAAGCCCGCAAGAACCCAGUUGGCGAGAAAGGAAAAUGGUAUGAAAAUCAAAUGCCAGGCUACCGGCAUUCCGGCCGACCGCGUGCCUGACAUGGGCAAGAGGGAGCUCUUGAAUCUGAUUUUGUUGGGCGCCUUAUCUCUCCCCACGGCUGGCAUGUUGGUUCCUUAUGCUACCUUCUUUGCCCCACCAGGGUCGGGUGGUGCCGGUGGCGGUACCUUAGCAAAGGAUGCCCUUGGAAAUGAUGUCAUUGCAUCUGAAUGGCUUAAGACCCAUGGCCCUGGUGACAGAACACUAACUCAAGGGUUGAAGGGAGACCCAACCUACCUUGUUGUGGAGAAUGAUAGAACUCUAGCAACCUAUGGUAUCAACGCAGUCUGCACGCAUCUUGGUUGUGUGGUGCCAUGGAAUACUGCCGAAAAGAAGUUCAUAUGUCCUUGCCAUGGUUCCCAGUACAAUAACCAAGGCAAGGUUGUCAGGGGACCUGCUCCUCUCUCAUUGGCGCUGGCACAUGCAGAUAUUGACGACGGGAAGGUAUUGUUUGUUCCGUGGGUUGAAACUGAUUUCAGAACAGGCGAAGAUCCCUGGUGGUCUUGAAGAAGCGUCGCCUAAAGUAAUAAAUUUUUAGUAUUUUACAGUCACACCAAAUUCCAUUGUUAAAACCAUUGUUAGCUGCUAUGAACAGCCAUAGUAAAAGCCCUGUUUUUGAGUUUUUAA